GAACUUUGCCUCGCGCCCCACUGCACAGAUAUGGGAACCAGUGUCGACGGUGAGGGGUUCCCCUCUUUCCUGACCCACGAUGUUUGCGGGGAAGGGUCGGGGUGUUUCCUUGUUGGUUCUGCCCUGAGUGGGCCAGCCUGUUAGACGACGCCGGCUCCACUCUGCAUUAUUUCAAUGCAUGUGACUGAGACCAACAUGAUUUGUAUAUGGUUUAAAUGGGGGAGUUUGCCCAUUCUCUACUCAAAAAUACUAAAUCACCACACUACAAUUUAUUGAGCGAGGAACGAAAGUCUGUACAGUUGUUGCACAGUCCGCGCAUAACCAGGCAAAACACACAAAAGCUCCACAAUGGGCAGCCGUUCUGAGAUCACAUGGCUGGAGAAGCUGGAAGAACAGCUCAAUGUCGACGUGGACUGGAUGGACCCAGAGUACGUGAAAAACAUGCCCUUCAAGCCACACGACCAGACCAGCAACCAGCACCUGGUCGACAUACAGCUCGGGCGCGAGUCGAACGCUGAGCUGCUGGAGCAGACGGCCAGGGAGCUCAAGGACGAGGGCUGGCUGGCCAUCUACACGCGCGCGGCCGUCCUGAUGUGCAAGGAGAAUAUCCCACACAUCCGUGGCCGCGUGCUCCUCCAGACGCUCCCGUCUGAUGCCUACGACACGGCCGCCACCAUUGCCCACGCGCGGCUGUACGACGCCGAGUUUGCACGCGCCGGCAUCGGUCGGGACCGCUACUGUAUCAAGAUCCCCGCGACGGGCCCAGCGCUGAGCGCGGCAAAGGUGCUCUCGGCCGAGGGCAUCCCUACGCUGGGGACGGCUGUGUUUGGUCUUGCGCAGGCUAUUGCGUGCAGUCAGGCUGGGAUGCUUUAUAUCAGCCCAUACUUUAAUGAAAUACGAGCGCACAGUGAUUUGAGCCUAGUGCCCGACGUCGAAGAUCCCGCGACGCAACAUCCCAUGAGCGCGCGUAUCGUGCAGAUUCUGGAGACGUACAAGAGACUCUACAAGGAGACGGGCAAGCAGCAACCUCUCCUUAAGAACGCAAGCUUCCUCACCGCCAAGGAGGCCAUGGCAGCCGGCGAGCUGGGCUGCCACUCGGCCACCAUCUCCCACACCGUGCUGGACCAGCUCGCAAAGCUCAGGUACGACCGCGCCGAGCAGCCCGGCGAGGGCUCCACACCCAAGCCCGUGUCGUACUACGCACAGGCGGGCCCCACCCCCGAGCGGCUGCGCAAGCUGUCCACCGUCGACCCGCUCGCGGCGGCUGACUGGGACGGGAAGCUGGCCAGCACUGACGUCGACUACCUCGCGAACGGGGGAAAGGAGCUGGAGGAGGCCAUCAGGCGGGACCCGAUCAGUGUUACGCGGCUGAAGGACGCAUUGGAGUUCUUUGUUAGCGCCGAGGAACGCAGCAAGGCGAGGGUGGAGGCGGCGUUGGCCAAAGCAUGAGAGGGUGUGAGGAGAGAAUGUGUGUGGGGGUGAAGAUUUGCUUGUUCCAGAUCUUAACCCCCACUCGAUCUUUCUAUAGGGGGACAGCUAAAUAAUCUAGUACUUUUCCCACAG